UUAUUUGUGGCGGGAAAGAGAGGAGAGGUCGGAGCAGAGCAGGUAGCGCGACGGCUCGUCGGAGGCAGCGACGGCCUCCACUGUCCACUCCACCCAGCGACAGCGGGCGGUAGAAAAAAGGAACAGCGGAAAGGGAGGAAAAAGGCGUGUGCAACAGUGAGAGAAUCCAAUUCCAACGGUCCAACCCCCUCUCCCCCUCCCCGUCCGCUUUGUUCCAUUCCAUUUCCAACUGCUUGCUUGCUUUUUCCACCUGCUGCUUCUCCUUCGUGCCCGGCAGCGGUAGGAGCAGCCGAGGAGGGGAAGGGAGGAUCGCCACCGCCGCCCGGCGGAUGUCAGAUCGGGAGCUCCGCCCGCUGCGCUCGAUCAGAAUCACAGGGGACGGGCGAUGCCUGUUCAGGUCCGUGGCUUACGGCGCAUGCUUAAGGAGUGGAAAACAGUCACCGAGCGAGAGCCUCCAGAAGGAACUGGCUGACGAUCUUCGAGCACAAGUAGCAGAUGAAUUUGUCAAGAGAAGAGGAGACACUGAAUGGUUCCUUGAAGGAGAUUUCGAGAGCUAUGUGAGUCAGAUGAGAAAUCCUUAUGUUUGGGGAGGAGAGCCUGAACUUCUCAUGUGCUCCCAUGUUCUCAGGAUGCCCAUCACCGUUUACAUACAUACCAACAGCUCCGAUAGCCCCAGGAUCGUAGCAGAAUAUGGUCAGGAAUAUGGCAAGGACAAUCCGAUUUGUGUUCUCUACGACGGUUAUGGGCACUACAACGCGCUUCAGUCAUCUCUUGUAAGAACACAAUCAAGACUGAGACACGUGUAGAUAACCGGAGAAUGCGUUACCUAAGCUUGUUCUAUAGGACAGCUGCACAAGUGUGAGCAACUCAAUAUUCUCCUACGUGAUUUUGCCCGAUAUGACAAACUAUAAAGCACACGUGAGAAUCAGCCUGGCUUUGCCUUUCCAGCCUUUGCUUUUCUUCAAGAUUGAUGUAUAAAUAAGCUUCAGACACGGUCAGGAAAUUAAUUGAAUGACCUGAUACCAUAUUCAGCUUAA